UGAUUUGUGAGAGUCUAACGUAACCAAUCCAUGGCGAAGAACAGGAACAAGAGUAAGAAAAAUGCUUCCACAGCUAUGAACACCGACGAGGUCUCCAUUGUUUCACCUCAAGUUACAGCGAUGGACACGUCGGAGACUGUAACUCCUAGCCGGUCUCAAAUCGGCAGAAAGAAGGGCGUACAAAUGAAGCGUACAAAAAAUGUUAGGAAGAAGAAAGCCAUAGCAAAAGCUGUUUCUCAAAACGAAAAAUCUGCAACCAAAAUUGAGAAGAACGAAAGCAAGACAUUGAGAACCAAGUCAGCAAAAACUCUAUACGACUGACCACUUGAGAGCAUUUGUAUUGGAUAUAUAUACAUAGGUGUUGAAAAUUCUAUGGCUUCGAUUAUUUAUAGUUCUGAGUUCAUCAUUUUUGUCUAUGUUUUGGGGGAUGGAUGAGUUCACUUCUAAUUUGAUGUUAGAUGAUUUUCAGGC